CGGGGGCCCUCGUAGUCGGCGCGUGGCGCGGAAAAUGAUCCUACAAGGGGGCGCGGGCGCAUCCUGUCGCACUCCUCGCUUGGACAGUCACUCUCUCUGGACUGCGACCGUCGCGGCCCAGGUACGGGAACAGACGCACCUGGGCAAGGCAGCAGUUAACCAGAAGGCGAACGCUGCGCAGCGGAGGUCCUGUGAGUGCCAGAGAAGAAGAGGCACAGGAGGAUGAUUUACCUAAAAUGCAACAGCCUCAGCGUGGUGUCUUGCAGUCUACCCCCUUUACAAGAAGUAGGUACAGGAAAGUGGAACAGGUUUCAGAGGAUAUUUCUCCAAGGAGGUCGCCAUGUGUCACGAGUGCAGGGAAAUCGCCAAAAGCUCUUCAGUUGAAGGAGAAAGCUAUCUGUGGUAUACCCCUCCCACAGGAAGAAGAUGUGAACGGAAACUCCACGCUGACUGAAAACAACGAUCUUCCCAAGCUGUGGCUCACUGAAACACCUGCUGCAAAAUUGGAGAAGGACGUAAAGAAGCCUGUUCCCAGAAAAUCACUGCGUAUUGCCAAGAUGCUGAACCUAAGCACAUCAGUUAACAUUGACUCCAGUUGUAUGCCUGGUGGUGGCACCAAAUCAGAGGAACAUGUGGAUGCCAGUUGUGAGCCAGCUGUGAUGAAGCAGACUGAAAUGCAAAGUCCAAAGAAGAAAGAGAAGACUGAGGCAGUCAAAGUUGAUCAAGAAAGCCUGGAUGAGGGUAAAGUCGUAAGGCGAUCGUCCCGCGUCACUGUCACUAGCCCCAGCUCUGUGCGUGAGCGUGAGUCUUCGUCAGCAAAGUCCAAGUGUAAAAAAGAGUUGCACAGUGAAAGUGGCUCAGAUGGUGCCAUGGCCGCAGACUCCAAGAACAGUUACUCAGAUAAGGAAGUCCAGACGGUGAUUUGGAAAAUCACAUUAGGAGCUGAGGAAGAAUUGACGCCCCACGACCCAGAAACGAAAGACGGACUGUUGCUGCAAGAUACCGGGGACACAACCUCCACCUCUUCUGCCCUCAGAAAUGGUGGGGACAUCUCCUCCCCCAGGAAGGCCAGGGGCACUUCCUCUUCCCCCUCCCCUAGAAAGGCUGGGAUCAGUUCUUCCUCCUCCCCGUCGCCCUCCAUCAGCAAGGUUGUGGUCACCUCCUCCUCUCCCAAUAAGGCCAUAGAUGUUUUCCUCUCCUCCACUCACUCCACCAGGAGAACCAGGGUCAUCUCCUCCUCCUCCCCCUCCCUCAGGAACGCCAAGGAUGUCUCCUCCUCCCCUUCCCUCAGAAAGGCUGAGGAUGUCUCCUCCUCCCCUUCCCUCAGAAAGGCUGAGGACGUCUCCUCCUCCCCCUCCCUCAGAAAGGAUGAGGAUGUCUCCUCCCCCUCCCUCAGGAAGGCCAAGGACGUCUCCUCCUCCCCUUCCCUCAGGAAGGCCAAGGACGUCUCCUCCUCCCCCUCCCUCAGGAAGGCCAAGGAUGUCUCCUCUCCCUCCCUCAGGAAGGCCAAGGACACCUCCUCCUCCCCCUCCCUCAGGAAGGCCAAGGACAUCUCCCCCUCCCCCUCCCUCAGGAGCGCCAAGGACAUCUCUUCCUCCCCCUCCCUCAGGAAGGCCAAGGACAUCUCCCCCUCCCCCUCCCUCAGGAGCGCCAAGGAUGUCUCCUCUCCCUCCCUCAGGAAGGCCAAAGAUGUCUCCUCCACCCCCUCACCCAGGAAGACCAGGGAAGCUGCUUCCUGCUCACCUAGGAAGGCUGGGGACACCGCCUCUCCCUCUUUCCCCCCGAAGGCUGGGAAAACUUCCUUUCCCUCUCCCUCCCCCAUGAAGGCUGGGGACACUGCCUGUCCCCUCUUCCCCCAGAAGGCUGGGGAACCCCCCUUUUCCUCCCCCUCACCCCUAAUGGUCGGGGAUACUGCCUCCUCCCCCUCACCCCUAAAGGCCGGGGAUACUGCCUCCUCCCCCUCACCGUUAAAGGCUGGGGAUGCUACUUCCUCCCCCUCGCCCCUAAAGGCCAUGGGCACCACCUCCGACAACUCACCCCUAAAGGCCGGGGGCACCGUCUCCUCCCUCUUGCCCCUAAAGGCCAAGGGCACUGCCUCCACCCCAUCGCCCCUGAAGACUGGGCUCACUGCCUCUUCCCCCUCCCCCCUGAAGGCCAGGGACACUGCCUCCUCCCCCUCCCCCAGGAAGACCGACUCCCACAGGAAAUCUCAGGAAUCUGCUGCUAAGGAAAUGCCCCUCAUCAAAACCUGGAACCUCAGACGUCAGAGUCUUAAAUUAGGGUUUGGAAGACAGGAAGAAGAAACAGAGAGAAUGGAAGCUGAAUGCUCUGCAGAGACACUGACUGCGUCUGAAAGCCAUGAGGAUGGAACAGAUGUUGCAGCUUCUGAAUAUCUGCCUCUGGGUGCUGAAUGUGGUCCGAGUACUGAUGGUUUUGUAAAGAAGCCAGAGAAUGGAGAGAAGCCAGUUAUGCAUACUAACAGUAGUUAUGGUGAAAAUCAUGAACUGCUGAAUGAAGCAAAUGGAAAUCCGAAAUCCAUGGCAGAAUGGACACAGUUUGCUGGGGAAGUUGGGACGUUCUCUGUCAACGUGUCACCCACCACCAAGCCAGCAGAUUCCGGACCAUCGGCAAGCAGAGGGAAUCUUCAGAGUGUUUCCCCAGGCAGAUGCAUAUGCAGGAAGGCAUACACUCUUGAGGCAUGUAUAACCAGAAGUAAAAUGGAUGAAUCAAAUUCUUCUGGGUCACAAGUCCUUAAGACUGAAGCAGCACAGACAGGUGUGCAUGAGUCAGUCAUCUCUAUGCCUGAAUGUGGAGGGACAGCACUUCCUGAAGUGGCCAUUUCUAAGCUUGGGGCUGAAGAGUCAAACCUUCCUGAGGCAGCAGUCUCUCACCUCAAAGCUGAGGGUAAAGCCCAUCCUAAAAUCUCCAAACCUGAAGAUGGAGAAGCUAAUGUGCCAGGAUCACUGACUUUAAUUGCUGAAGGUAAGGGACUGGAUUGUGCAAAGUUGCCCAUUUCUGGGUCCGAAGAUGAGCAUUUGAACCUUCCUGAAGCACCAGUCACCGACUCUGAAACUGAAAGAAAAGCUCAUCAUGGAAUGGCAGUCUCCAAGCCUGAAGAUGGAGGAAUAAAACAUGAAGUGUGUACUAUGCCUGGAGAGUUGAACUAUCUUAGGACAGCAAUCCCUGAACCUGGAACUGGAGGAUCAUUUCACUCAGGGAAGACCCUCUCUGUGGCUGAAGAUGUAGAAUUGAUCUUUACUGAGUCAGAUGCUGCUGAUCCUGAGUCUGAGAGGAAAAACCCUUUUAACUCAUCAGUGUCCAAAGAUGGUACCAACGCACCUGUGCCUGUGACAUCUGGGAAUAAAGAUGAAGGGUCAAACUGUGCAGAGUCACCCAGCACUGCAGGAUUGAACUUUCCUGUAGUUUCUGAAAGUGAACCCGAUCCAAGUUUAAAACUGCCGCUCCAACAAAAGCAUGAGUUAGUGAGCAAGACGAUUUCUAGUAUGUCCCAACAAGAAUCUGAAUGUCAGAGCACAGAGGCUUCUAGUGUACAAAACUCAGAUGCUGUGGCAGGUUUACUCCAUUUGUCUCUGGAUGACUGUGAAUUUAAAAGUGCGGGGAUUGAUUAUCAAUCUGUGGAGAAUUUUGCCCCUGCUGAGGAAACAGCUAUCAAGUUCAAUCCGUCUGAAGAUUUGCUUGUAGCUGAGUGUGUGGAAGAACAGGUGAACAGUUCGGUAUUUUGCUGUGAUACGCUUGCCCUUGAAACGGGGAGAGAUUCCCUGUUAACGUUCAAAGAGUCUUCCUUGCUGACUCAAACUGGGGAGGGUGUUACAGUGGCACUUCCAGUGGUCACUGAGUCUACAGUCCAACUGGAAAUGCAGGAUCAAAACAGUGCCAGUAAGCUGCAGGACUUGCAGGAAGAGCAAACUACCUACACCAGUAAAGUUGACGACCCUCCCAGGCUAACAGGCUCAGAAAAUAGAGAGGGGCCUGUGGAUUCUGUGACCCGAAACUGCACAAGAAGGAGGAAGAGGAGGAGGAGGAGGAAAAAGAAAUCCCAUGGCGCUGCUCAGGUAGAUUUUGCCUCAGGCCACAUAGCUAACUCAGCAGCUUGGAGUCCUUUGACUAGAGAGAGUGCUGUUCCUCUGCCGUGUGUCAGUGCAGCGACGAGUUCUGCUGAGAAAGGAACAAAUGAGUUAAGGGUUGAAGAGCUACGAGUUGAUACGAAAGAUGUUUACAGACUGGAGACGGUGGGCUGGGAUCAACCUAAAGAAUACACUGAAAGAGAUGUGCCAUCAAACGUUGAGGAGAAAGUUAACACAGAACCUCCAACUACGGGUGUAGUAAGCUCAAAAGAAGAGGUGGCGGACAAGGAGGAAAGGGAGAAGGUUGAAGUAAAGGAAGCUGAUAAGAUCAUCAAAAAAGCAGAUGACCAGGUGACAGAGGUUCCAGAAGAUUUGGGUCAAGAAACACAAGAGAAACCCAUGGAAAAGCGCAAGAAGGCAACCAAAUCAGGUGACAAAGCGAGGCACGAGCUGAUUAUGAGUAACCUGGAUUCCUCAAAGUCAUUCAGUGAGCUUCAAAUUGCUGUCAUACGUUUCUUCGUGGAGAAACAGUUAUCCAUCACUUCAGUCGGCAUCAGGAAAUCCAGAAAGCUUGGCCAAGUAACAUUUCUCACCAGGAAAGAUCUUAUCCAGGCAUUGCAAAGCAAUGGCGAGGAAUUAUUGGGCCGCCCUUUGCAAUUGAUUAGACCUGAAUGGAUUGAGAAGUCUUUGGCAACUGACCAUGGGAAGAAACGAAAGCUGACAGAAUUAGACCAGGACUCUGCGGUCCCUUCACUGGCAAAGAAAAAACGAAUUCAGAAGUCGUCUGUUUUAAUUAAGAGCAGGAAGAACUCUACAUUUCUCAUAAGGAAGAGAAAGUCAUCAGUUGUUUCAACAAAGAAAAGCAGGAAGAAUUCUCUCUCUCCCAUUGAGAGGGAAAAAUCAAUAACAGGAGUGGAGAAAGACGGUGAGCUGAAUAAACCUCUUCAAAAGAAGAAGAAAAAGAAGAAAAUGCAGGAAGAAGGAGAGAAAAAGCAAGCCGAGGAAUCCUGUACUCUUUCGUCUCCACAGAAGAAAAGAAAACUGGAAGAAACAAUUUUAGAUGACAGCGAGGACAAAGCAGCUGUGCUUCAAAAGAAAAAGAAGAAAAAACUAGAAAAAGCUCUUGUAAAAGAGGAAAGAGAAGUGGAAAAAGAGGAUGCUUGCCUUCCACCGAAAAAGAAAAAGCAUCAGGAGAUGGCUGUUUUAAACAAGGAAAAAGACAGGAAAAAGGAAGCUGCCCCCCAAAAGAAGAAAAAUAAGGCUUCCUGGUGCCUUUACCUGCAGAACAUUGGAUUCCAGCAGAAACAUUCUAAGAUAAAGGCAUCUAUUGGCAAUUUUCUAAAGGAAAAGUCUAUUAGCUACAAAGAGAUUGUACUCCAUCCUUCCAGAUGUUCUGCUUGCAUUGAACUGCAUUGUGAGGAAGAUGUGGACAAGGCAUUGAAAUUUGAUGAGUGCACGAUCAUUGGGGAAGCAGUAAAGCUGAACAAAGUGGUGAAACUGGGAGCUCUAGAAGCUGAAAGUCGAAGGACACUCUACAUUAGAAGUCUUCCAAGAGAAGUGUCUGCCAAGAACCUUAAAAAGCUGUUUGAGAAAGUUGCUGGUGUUUGGAUACAGGAGAAUCAGAAAAGCACCAAGAGGUUUGCCUUAAUUGCAUUCAAAACAACAGAAGCAGCAGAUGGUGCCCUAAGUAAAAGUGAAAUUGAAUGCAAGGGAAAUCUAAUCCAGUUGCAAUCCGUGCAUCAAAGGAGCAAAGAGAAAAAGAAGAUUCUUAUGGUGAAUAACCUACCUCGUCCAUUGAGUAAGACGUAUCUGAAGUCUCUGUUUACUGAUGCUAAGGAUAUCCGAAUCUCUGAUGAAAGUGACUGCCCAGCACACGGAGUUGCUUAUAUAGAAUACAAGACAGCCAAGCAAGCCAAGGCAGCCCUGAAACGGUUCAAGAAAAAAGGGGUUCAGGGGCAGGUGAUUCAAGUCGACUCUCUGGAGGCAAAAAAAGAGAAGCCAGAAAAGAGUCUCAUUCAAGGGGCAAAGGAAAAGAAACAAGGAAAGAAAAUCACCGAGGCAAAGAAGGAAGGAAGCUUAGAAAGGAGACUCCCUGCUCCCUGUGACUCCCUGUUUGUGCAAAACUUAUCAUCAAAAGCAGCUCUGGACGAUUUGAGGUCAACCUUCAAAGGUUCCAUAGGUGCCAAGAUACAGUCUUCAAAAAAGCAGUAUUAGCUGAAUAAUGGCCCAAGACAGAAGGAAGUGAAAAGUCAAGCUUGUAACCAAUGCUCAAAUUAUGUUUGUGCUCCCAACUGUGAGACAUUUGGGGUCUUGCUGCUUGUCAGCUGGAACCCUGUUUUCAAUUGAGAUCUACAAUGAGGACUCCUCUGAAUCUGAGGUCAUCUUAUUUCAUCCCCAUGUUUUUAUGGUUGUGUGACAUGCCCGACUGGUUGUGUUCUUACCUGUAAUUUCUCCAGUUGCCUUUUCUCUAUUUACAGAAGGGCAUGUUCCUGGAAAAAUGCUUUAAGCAAAACUUUGUAAAUUGAGAUGGCAAAAUGUGCAACAGGCAUUUUGCCCCAGUGGAUUCUUGCGUACAGAGAGCAGUGCAUUGUUUAUAGUAAAAGGCAAUUUUCUUAAAUAGAAGACCAAAGAGUCGUGGCGUCAUAGUGAGAAUUUGUAAAUCAAGGAAUCACUAUAUUGCAAUCUCUAUAGAACAGCCCGGGUGCAUUGUUUGGGGAUCUGUCCCAGAUGGUGAAAGUUGUGGGCUGGCAUUGGCACUUGGGUUUAACGAUUGCUGGCUCGUACAGAUCCCAUCAACAAUAUUUACAUUGACAGUUUGCAAAUCAGAAAUGAUUAUCAAGAUCAAAGAUUGAUAUCCUUAGGGGAAAACUCAUUUUCUACCAGCACUCGGAGUUGUUUUCAGUUCAGGUUCUAUUUCACUGGCAAAGUGGAUUAGUAAACCUGAUAUUACGGUCCACGUACUGGAGAUGAUAGCAUCACAGAUCAAGAAGGAUGUAUUCCUGAUUCCCUCCUUAUGAGGUGAAAUGUGAGCCAGGGAACCCCUCUUGGUUGGUAUCUGGUCAAGAUUAACUUACUUAAACCUAUUGUCCUGACUGGGGCAUAGGCCGUUGACAGCAACUUGCCACUGAGUCUUCUGUCCUGAGCCGGUCUUUCAAGUUGUACCCAUCUUUGAAGAUCCUUUCUCUCCCAGGGAUGAGGUCUUUGGAUGUUCUGUUGGGUUUUUAUGGGAUGGGGUCACUAGCCCCAUGCCCAGCCCUUCCCCUCUCACAGCCGAGCUUGGGACCUUCCAUAUUGGAGUUGGUCAAGAUUAAACAUGACUUAUAAUAUUGUUUAGGUUCAAUGAUGGAUGGGCUAAUAGGUGAUUGGUUAAACCCUUACUUUAUUUUCUGUGGUUUUAUUUUCCCGGAAGUAUUUGUUUCUCCCCAAGAACCUUUGUCUUUUCCCACCGGCGUUCAAAGCUCAGUUCACUUAAUUUUGAUGUAUUGGACCACACCUUAACAUCAAUCACUUUCAUCCAUCGAUCUGUAUUUAAUAAGCUCUUUUCAGGAUCACUGCCUAACCCUGGGACAGUGUGUGUAGAAUUUGCAUGUCAUUCCUACGAUCAAGUGAGUUUCUCCAGUUUCUACACACAUCUCAAAGACAUUCAGGUUGGUUGGUUAAUUGGCUACUGUGUAGUGUUGGUGAGUAGUAAAAUUGAUGGGGACAAUAAGCUAUAUGAUAAAAUUUGUGUGUGUGUUUGGGGGAGUUGGAAUUAGUAUUGCUUUGUGAGCUGGCAGAGACUGAUGGGCUGAAUGUCAUGAGAAAUACAAAUUAAACGAUUUCUUAAAGGUUUUUAAAAAGAUCAUGUAAAUUUAUUUUAUGAUUGACUUAACAUUGUCUAGGUUAUUGAACUAGAUCAACAAUUAUGGUUAUAGAUGGAAAACUAAUUAGAAACUGGUUUCAUUAAAAAUAAAUUGAUGCAUAUUG